GAGAACUGAGGUUGCUCAGUUGGAGAAGAGAUUUGGGAAGUCAUUGGAGCCCUCUGCAGGAGGACUGUCCCUUCAGAGGAAGGCAAGUUACAUGCAUCGAAGGUUGAGCAUUUUGAAUUUGAGACUGACAAACUUUAGUCAGCGCUACCUAAUAGCUGGUCAACACUGGCAGAAAGAGGGUGGAUUCAUACUUUCCUACACUGAUUCUGGACAGUCAUUUAUUGAGAGGCAGGAUAUCAUAGUAGUCAAGAGUGAAAGCUUCAGCCAACUGAUAAAGUUUGAAUUUUGGUUUUGCCACUACCCUGUGCAACUCUGGGAUUCCAGACACUUGAAUUUUCUGACAUCAGAACAAGCUCUGGCUGAUUUUGGAGAGUUAAUCAAACACUUGAAAAGGACAAUCCCAGGAACUGAAAACCACCCUGUCAUAUCCCUGGGGGGCUCUUAUGGAGGCAUGCUUGCAGUCUGGUUCAGGAUGAAGUAUCCUCACAUGGUAGCUGGGUAA